AUGGCGUCCAAGCAGGACGACGGUCCCGCCGAUUCGGAGGCACAGCACAACCCUCACGCGUCGGCGAGUCGAUGGCGUCACCAGGAGUCAUCGUCCUUUCGCAAGCACGCCCUCGAUGCCCCCCAGACGCAGGCGCGCGACCCGGUCAACAAUGGCACGACCGGUGACCUGGCCAACUUCCUCAACUCAUCCCGCGUCGAGCCCGAUGGCGAUGGUGGCUCUAGCAGCCAACACCAGCCUCUGCCCAUCACCGACGGAGCUGCGGCGGCCAAGGACCAUGCCGACGACGGACACAAGGAUGCCGCCUCGCCGGACGGCAAGGAGAUUGUCUGCGGGCCGCUGCUAAACUACCGCCGCAUGGACGACGGCAAAUGGUACGGAAGCGUGCUCGUCGUCGUCAAAGGCGGCGGCCGCGAGGCCCUGUACCAGCCAUCGCUUGUCCUGCGACGAGCCGCCGACCCGACGGAGGAUGGCUCGGCUCCAACGGAUGCCGCCUCGGCCCCGGCGGAUGCUGUCGCCGGUACCAGCGGCGUCGAGGGCGGGCGCGAGGCCACCAAGGAAACGCGCUUCGAGUCGCAGCGCCUCUACUCGGAUCCGCGAAACACCUUUUGGUCCUUUGACAUUGAGGUGCCGCUCGAGGCCGACGAGGUCAAGUACGAGUACGAAGUGCCCGGAAUGCGCUUCGCCGCCGACCCCCAGUCCCGCGUCAGCGCCUUCUUCGUCCCGGCCGUCGACGAGUCGAUGCGCAUCAUGUUCCACUCCUGCAACGGCUUCAGCAUCGGCACCGACGAGGAUGCCUUCAGCGGCACUCCGCUCUGGCGCGACGUCGUCCGAAAGCACGAGCGGAAGCCCUUCCACGUCAUGAUCGGCGGCGGCGACCAGAUCUACAACGACGGCAUUCGAGUCAACGGCCCGCUGCGGGCCUGGACCGACAUCGGCAACCCCAAGAAGCGGCGAGAGUACCCCUUCCCCGAGAAGCUGCGUGCCGAGUGCGACGACUACUACCUGAAAAACUACAUUCGCUGGUACAGCGCGAAGCCGUUUGCCCUCGCCAACUGCCAGAUCCCUCAGCUCAACAUCUGGGAUGACCACGAUAUCAUUGACGGAUUCGGCUCCUACGUCGACCGCUUCAUGCGCUGCGACGUCUUUCGGGGCAUUGGCGGCACCGCGCACAAGUACUACAUGCUGUUCCAACACCACCUGCCACCGCCCGAGUCGACGUAUACUUCGGGUGAGUCGCGGCCGUUCGGCUUCCGUCCGCAGGUGGUCCAUGCGACGACCCCAGCUCACUCACCGAUCGCAGACCACCUGGACGCCAAUGGCAACCCGCCGGCGGCGGAUCCGAACCAACUCAUCAACACGUUUGUCGCGCCGCCCAAGACGUACCUGCAGUACAUCGUCGGGGAGAAGCCGGGACCGUACGUGGCGGAGCAUUCCUUCAACAUAUACUCCCGACUCGGUGCCCGGAUCGCUCUCGUGGGAAUCGAUGCCCGAACCGAGCGAACCCGACACCAAGUCAACUAUCCGGAAACGUACGAGCUCAUCCUGAAACGGCUACGAGACGAGCUGGGCGCGGCCGCCGGCUCCUCGCGACCGAUCAAGCAUCUGAUUCUGCUUCUCGGCAUCCCGAUUGCCUACCCGCGCCUGACAUGGCUGGAAAACGUGUUCCGAAGUCCCAUCAUGGGACCGAUCAAGUUCAUGAACCGUCGCUUCGGUCUCGGCGGAGGGCUGUUCAAUCACUUUGACGGCAGCGUUGACCUUUUGGAUGACCUCGACGACCAUUACACAGCCAAGACUCACAAGGCGGAGCGCGCAUUUCUCGUCCAGUCGAUGCAGAAGAUUGCGGCCGAGUUUUCCGUUCGCGUCACCAUUCUCGGCGGGGACGUGCACCUGGCCGCUCUCGGACGCUUCUACUCGAACCCGAAGCUGAAGCUGCCGGUGGAAAAGGACAGCCGUUACAUGGCCAACAUCGUCUCGUCGGCCAUCGUCAACAAGCCGCCGCCGCAAGCGGUGGCGAAUCUGCUCGCGCGGAGGAACAAAAUUCACCACCUGGACCAUGAUACGGACGAGACGAUGCUCAACCUGUUCGACAAGAACCCCGGCCAGUCGAAGAAGACGGCGGACCACAAUCGUUGCACGAUGCCGAGUCGCAAUUUUGCCAUACUCACGGAGAACUCGCCAAACGCAACAGCAGCCGCCGAGACGAAGGCCGACGGGACCAAGGCCGGGACCUUUUCCGGCAAGGAUGGACAUUCGCCCCUGCACCGGGGCGAGUUGGAGGCCGGAACGAAGCACAAGGCGGCAUCGUACGAAACCCAUGGGCGGGGUCACGAUGGCAGCCUGGACAUUUGCAUCAACGUCGAGAUUGACCAGCAUGAUGCCGAGGGGAAGACGCAAGGCUACGGGUUGACGGUGCCGACGCUCGACUGCGAGGGCGGCCCGUCGAGGUCGCAGGGGGCGACAGCUUGA